AUGUCUCCAAUCCCUUGUUCUCCUUUGUUCAGACCAUUGCUGUUGGUGCUGCUGGCCGUGCUGUCAGCCAGCAUUUCUGCCCAUGGGAAGGUGAUAUGGCCAGGACUUGAGCCAGAGAGCCUCUUCAAGAAAGGAGAUGCUGGAUGCCCAACCCAAAAAGAUGGAAAAUUCCCUCAAACUGUGAGAGUCAACAUAAGCAUCAGCAACGUGAACCAGGAUACCAAAGUGACUCUUGAUAUCAGCAAACGCUCACUGGCUCCAUGGGAUUACAGGAUCGAUGAGGACCACAACCGCUUCCCCCGCUUGGUUGCUGACGCCCAGUGCCGCCAUUCCAGGUGCGUGAACUCGGCCGGGCAGCUGGACCACAGCGUCAACUCGGUGCCCAUCAAACAGGAGAUCCUCGUCCUGCGCCGCGAGCCGAGGGGCUGCCAGCACUCGUACCGCCUGGAGAAGAAAAUGAUCACCGUGGGCUGCACGUGUGUCACCCCACUGAUCCAGCACCAGGCCUAA